AUGUCAUCACCGCAAACGCCACAUCACUCCCCGCACCCUUCCCACGACUACUCCGCCGCCGCCUCUUACGCCUCCUAUUCCCCACAAGAGCGCCGCCGAUCCAAGGGGUCCUCAUUCAACGACUCUUCCACAGAUCUAGGCAUACCGAUCGUAAGCAGCGGUGGGGAGAGUGGGGGCCUCGGCAACUUGGCCGACGAACUCGCGGGUGCAUUCGACGAUGACUACGACGAUGAAGAUGACGGUUACGGGGACGGGGACUAUGACGAGGAGGAGGGUGACGAGGAUGCGAGAACCGACGGACAAGGCAGCGAAGCCCCAGGGAUACACCUGGAGGAUACCACCGGGGACGAAUACACAGACGGGAAGCCAGAAGACGGGGUACGGGACAGCGGCAUCGAUAUCGUAAGCCCAACACUGCCCGGCGGUAGGGCAGGGAACGGACACAACCCCAAAGGCAGUCUCGGGCUGCCGACAGCAAACGGGCGCGGCGGCCACCGCAGGAAGGGCAGUGAGUACGACGGGAGCGAGUACGGUAGCGAGUCGGACCUGGAGUCGCCCGGGUGGCCGCCCAAGCUGGUUGAGAAGAUGGAUGAGGUCGAAUCCCUAGCUCGGCGGGGGACGGAGAAGACAGGGUCCACGGCGGAUGGUGCGUUCAAGCGCGUCACAGAUGGGCUGCGCGAUUUGGGCUCGCAAGGGAAUAUCGAGAGCGGUGCAAACCGAUUAAUAACCGCCCACACAGCCCUCACCACCCACCUCACCCACCAAACCCGCCAACUCCACAACCUCACCUACCCCCUCCUCUCCCCCCUAACCCCCCCACCAACAGAAGAAGCCGUCGCCGCCCUCCUCCCCAUGCUCCUCGCCCUCCCGGACACCAUGCCCCGGCCCUCCACACCAGCCCUUCAAUCCCUCUCCGCCCUACACGCGCUCACCUCCGACCUCGCCCAGACCCUCAACUACCUCUCCGACACGCUGCACAUGUCACGACAGACGACGACAGCCGCCGCACGGAAGCUGCGCGCGGCACGGGAGCUGGUGGCGGAACUGCGGCGGGAGGAAGAGUUGCGUGAGGAGGGGGAGCGGUGGUUGACGCGCGGCGGGUGGGGGGAGAAGUUGCAGCGUCGGGAGUGUGCGCAUGUGUGCGGGGAUGUGGUCGGUGGGUUUGAGGCGGUGUGUGAUUCGUGGCGGGAACGGCUGUGUGCGCUGGCCGAGGAGACGGGGGCACAGGCUUGA